UUAAUACCUGUGCCCUGUGGACAGCAAUACUCUAUUUAGCAUCCUUCAAGUUAAAACAAAAUUCUUACAUGUAUUUAAAAUGUGUAAAGAUACAUGCACAUGUCCUAAGUGGAUAGCACCAUAUAAUUUUAAAUAUUGGGGACAAUUUUGUCUGAGGCUUUUUUAAAAAACAAAAAAAAAGCGGGGGGAAGGGAAUGACAUUUUUAGCCCAAAGAUACCACCAGAUACCACCUUGUGAUCCCAGUCACUUAGUCUCAGGGAUGGACACUAUAUUGUUCUCUAACACACAGGUCACUUUCCUCUUUUAUACUUUCUAUAAACAUCAUGCAGCAGGAGCCCUUUUGUACAUGGCUUUUAAAAUCCAGUAGAUUGUUUUGAGUUUUUCUGUAAUUCUGCAUGUUGUUUUGGAUUUCUUUUUUUUUUUAGCAUUGAAUUCUGUUGUGUGAAUAUCAGACAAUUAAUGACUCCGUGCUGAUGCACAUAUGCAUGUGUUUUAGUUGAGGGUAUUAGGAACAGGGCUGCUAUGUAAAUUCCAGAAAAUGUAUUGGUAUUGGUGAAACAUGUACAAAUUUCUGUUGGGAACAUAUGUAAUAAUCACAUUGUUGUGUUGUAUGUUUACAUCUCUUCAGCUGUAGGUGAUAUUACCACUUUUCCAAAAUUGUACCACUUUUUGCUUGUAACACUUUUCAUGCCAACAAGUAACGUGUGAAUUUCCUAGGGUACCCACAUCCUUGCCAACACAUGGUAUUUCUUUUUUUUUUUUUUUGAGACAGAGUCUCGCUCUGUCGCCCAGGCUGGAGUGCAGUGGCGCGAUCUUGGCUCACUGCAAGCUCCGCCUCCCGGGUUCAGCCAUUCUCCUGCCUCAGCCUCCCGAGUAGCUGGGACUACAGGCGCCCGCCACCACGCCCGGCUAAUUUUUUGUAUUUUUAGUAGAGAUGGGGUUUCACCAUGUUGGCCAGGAUGGUCUCCAUCUCCUGACCUCGUGAUCCGCCUGCCUUGGCCUCCCAGGGUGCUGGGAUUACAGGCGUGAGCCACCGCGCCCGGCCCAACACAUGGUAUUUUCUGUCAUUUUCAUUUAGUCUUCUGGUUGCUGUGUGAUGGUCUCAGGCUUUAUUUACAUUUCUCCGAUUACUAACAGACUUGAACAUUUCAGCACACUUUUUAGUUAUUGAAUAACCUCUAUUUUGAAGACUUAUUUUGCUCAUCUCCCACUAUUUUAGGGGUCUUUUUCUUCUUCAUUUAUGGUGGUUCUUUACAUGAAGCUGGAUAAGAUUCCUUUCUUUGGUAUCCCUCUCACUCAGUCUCUCUCUUUCUGUAUUUUGAUAAGCUCUUAAUUUUAAUAAAAUUGUAUUUGUUAUUUUUCCCAGUAUAUUAAAUAUUUUUUUGUUUUAUUUAAGAAAUAUUUCUCUUAAGGCCACAGAGAUUUUGUUUUUUAAAUAAGGAUGUAUAUUUAAAAUUUUAUUUUGCAAUUCAUUCAGAAUUGAGUGUUUUUGUGGCUAGGAAUUCCAUUUUUUCCAGUAAGGUAACAAAAUAUAAUUUAUUCUGUAUUUUGAUAAGUUCUUAAUUUUAAUAGAAUUUUAUUUGUUCUUUCCCCAGCAUAUUAAAUGUUUUUUGUUUUAUUUAAGAAAUCUUUCUCUAUUUUAAGGCCACAGAGAUGCUGUUUUUGUUUUUUUAAUCAGGAUGUAUAUUUAAAAUUUGAUUUUGGAGUUUAUUCAGAAUUGAGAUUUUUUUUGUGGCUAGGAAUUUUAUUUUUUUCCAGUAAGCUAACAAAAUAUAAUGAAUUCUUUUUCAUUUGCUGUCACCUGUCAUUGUCUCACCCAAGUUAAUAUCAUCUCACCCUCAGAGCUGACUUUUCUGUGAAGACUAUAUAAUUCUGUUCCUUUCUUCAUCUUUUGGUUUUCAGCAGCCCCACAGCACCAAAGAGUCAAUGGUAGUUUUGGUCAGAAAUCUUCAGUGGGCCUUUUUUGCUCAAUGGAUAAAUUAUUUUCAUAUUUUAUUUAUUUGUAUGUUUAAUUUUAAAAUAUUAGUUGACAGAUAAUAUUGGAUAUAUUCAAGGUAUCUCCAAAUACACAUUGGGUGGUAAUUAUUACAAAAUCAAUAUCUGCCGUGACUUAAAAGUUUGUCCUCCGCCUGAAUUCAUGUUGCAACUUUAGACUCCAAAGCAAUAGUGUUAAGAGGUAGGGGCCUUUUGGAGGUGGUGAGGUCAUAAAGGCUGUGCCCUCAUCAUUGAGAUUAAUGACUUCAUAAAAGGACUUGAGGGAGUGAGUUCUGCCCUUUCUGCCCUUCUGCCGUCUGUGAACAUAACAUUCAGGAUGUCAUCUUGAAAGCAGAGACCAAGGUCUUCACCAGAGACAGUCUGCCAAUGGCUUGAUUUUGCACUUCCCAGCCUAUAUCACUGUAAGCAAUGAGUUUAUGUCAUGUAUAAACUACCUAGUCAGGUAUGUUGUUAAAGCAGCAAGAAGGGACUGAGACAACAUCUAUUGCCAUCCGUGCUGUACAUUAGAUUGCCAGAACUUAUAACUGAAAGUUUGUACCUUUUGAGCAAUGUCUCCCCAUUUCCCCUACCUUCCGGCCCCUGGAAACCACUAUGUAGUCUGUUUCUACGAGUUCAAUGUUUUUAAGCUCCAUCUAUAAGUAAGAUCAUAUAACAUUUGUCUUUCUGUGUCUGACAUUUUACUUAAUAUUCUCCAGCUUCAUAUUUUCACAAAUGACAAGACUUUAUUCUUUUUUAUGGCUGAAUAUUUCAUUGUGUGUGUGUAUCACAAUUUAUCCAUUCAUCUAUUAAUGGGCAUUUAGGUUGUUUCCAUGUCUUUGGCUAUUGUGGAAAAUGCUGCAAUAAACCUGGGAUUGCAGAAGUCUCUCUGAGAUACUGAUUUUAUUUCCUUUGGAUAUAAUCCCAGAAGUGGGCUUGCUGGAUAAUAGGGUAGUUCUAGUUUAAUAUUGUGAUGAGCCACCUUACGGUUUUUUAUAAUGGCUGUAUCAAUAUUCUCAUAUAUGUAAGGGAAUGUUGCUCCCUUUUGGAAGACAAUUCUUCAUGGAUCUCUCACUUCAUUUUCCCACAUCUUGUAUAAGCGUUUCUUCUGGGCUGUCUUUUUCAGGAUUUUUUUAAAUGAAAGAGACAGACCUGAAGGAUGUGUCUCUUCAGGUCAAAGGCCAAAUAAAUACCUGGAGAAUUUAAUAAAGAUUAUGUCUUUCUCUGAGGCAGUGGUUGGAAGGUUUUCUUUGAAACACAUGUUAAAGCACUGGGAUUUCUUAACCUUGAGAUACCUCAGCUGUGAUCAAAAUCUACUGAGCAGAAAGCAUCCAGUUGGGUCUCUUUGAUCAUCCCUGUCACUUGGAGUGGACGUGGGGAACAAAUGCAGAUAUGGAGCUCUUGCUUUCGUUUGUGUGAUGAAUCAUCAAAUAUUUUUCAUCAGGCCCAGGAAUCUCUUGCCUUCUAAUAUCCAUGAAGUUGACAGUCUUAAUUUUUUGGCUUGUAAAUGGAAAAAAAUCCAAGAAUGUUCACAUUUUUGACAGCUUGGGUGAUGAUGGGAUUGAUUGUGAGAAAUCUAUAACCUUAUAACCUUGUAUAAGAGGAAAGUAGAAAGAUUCUUCACAGACCUGGCCAGGGCUUAUGAGAAGGCUUCCUGGAACAAGUAGCAAAUUCUGCCACCCAAAUGAGAGUUGAGUAAGAGUAAGAUCCCUCCACUCUCCAAUCUGUUAGCGAGGCUGUUGUGUGAGAGGGAGAACUGAAAGGAGCAGUCUAAAUGUGCUUAUAUGUUCAUUCUCCUAGCCAAAGUAGGAAAGAAUGAGGAGUCCCCAAAGCUGAUAGAGCACUUUGGAUAAAUAGAAAAUAUUUUAAGUUCUUGUGGUUUUGCUGGAAGCAGUCAACAGGCUGCUAGAAACUAAAAGGAAAUGUGGGUGUUGGUGCCUUGCUUAUAAGCAGAGAGUCUCUCUAUGUACUCGCUGAUAACAAAACUCCACUGACAGGGCUUGGGCAGGGUUCACCAUGAGGGCAGAAAUGUCACAAAACAAUGGAGGUGGGGCCUUUGGGGCUAACCCAAUGUCUUCUUGUGUUUCUACACCAAAACUUACAGUUAGAAUUUUGUUAGAUGUGUUUAUGCUUCCCUGUCCCCUAAGUGCUGGAGGGGAUUAUUCCAGUCUGGGUGGGAGACAGGUAGAGGAGUGUGAGAGAGACAGACUUCUCCAUUUGCAACAGAGGGCAGGUCAGUCUUUAUCAUGAGAACCUUUACACUCUGAUGUCCAAAAUGUUCACCCUGCAUGAGCUGUUAGCUGCAAAGACAGAGGUGUCUGUCUCAGUGCUCCUGUCUAGAAUGGUAAUAUCUCUCUGCUAGUAGAUGUAGCUGAUAAUUGAAACUGUGCUUCAAAAGGUUAAAGAAGCAGCCAGGCACAGUGGCUCAUGCCUGUAAUCCCAGCACUUUGGGAGGCCGAGCCGUGUGGAUCACGAGGUCAGGAGUUCGAGACCAGCCUGGCCAACAUGGUGAAACCCCAUCUCUAAUAAAAAUACAAAGAUUAGCCAGGCAUGGUGGCGCAUGCCUGUAAUCCCAGCUACUCUGGAGGCUGAGGCAGGAGAAUGGCUUGAACCCAGGAAGCGGAGGUUGCAGUGGGCUGAGAUCGUGCCACUGGACUCCAGCCUGGGCAACAGAGCAAGACUCCGACUCAAAAAAAAAAAAAAAAAACAACACAAAAGUUAAGCCAAUGACUAACAGAAAUCCUUGAGUUUAUGGGAUGGCAAAUUAAAAAAAAAAAAAAAAACUUGCUAAAACACUGAAAUUCUCUCCACUUACGAGAUAAAGUAACUGGCUGAAAUUGGUUUGAACAAAUAGAAUCAAUGGGACUCUGCACAGAAUGAGCUUGCUGACAUCAUAGCCUGAAUUUCCACCACGUUUCCUAAUAACUCCCCCAAAAUUUGCACAUAUGACCCAUGAGGAAGCAUGAACAGAUAACUGGGCAUGCCCAUGGACGUUCCAGACCUCCCAUUAUCGUCCGCUAGUCACCUCCUAACCUCAGAAGCUACCCCCUGUACCUGUUCUAGUAGAAAUUCUGCCUUGAUGCCAGCAGAGGGAGACAGAUUCGAGCUUGGGACUCCCGUCUCUUUGGGAGUGAACUUUCAACAUAAAGCUUUUCUCAAAAACAAAAAUCCAGUGACAACUCAAUGUAUUGGCUCUUAGCAUAUUGGAUAGUAAGCACUAUUUUCUCAAUAACAAGAAGACCUGAAAAAAACCCAGAGUUCCGCUUUCCAAAUAAGGUUUAGUGAAGCUAAGUGGACAUAUUUUCAUUGCUCGAUUCUUCCAGCAGCCAAGAAAAACUUGAUCACUUUGCCAUUUGGAGCCUUUGACAAAAACAGCCUGCACCUAAAGAUAUUCUUUGGGGUGUCUGACUCAUAGCCACCCUGACACCACUGCAGGUUACACUAAUGUGAAAGUCAGUUAUAAGCUUGCUACAGAACUCCAGUCAAACUGAAUCCAAACUCAAGGAGGGCUGGGGGCUGUCUAGCUUUAUAUUCCAAUUUUGAGGUGGGUCAAUUUGAACUCUUAUGAAAGACCUCAAAAGACUACUUGUUAAAUAUAAAUAAUGUAUUCUAGAAGGAAAUUGGACUGGCACAGAAAUAGUUCUAAAGGGAAAAUCGGAAUCUAUCUUUGGUGGAAAUUUUAUGCCCGGCUGCACUAUAUGAAGCAAAGCUUCUGGCUCUAUGGGGCCCCCACUUCACUAAGUGUUCCCUAAAUUUCUGUCCCUGGUUUACGAAUAGGUCGGGGAAACUGACACCUCAUGGUGUUCACUGAGCUACUGAAUACGGUGGCUUCUGUCAGCCAUGCGGAACCUGAGUGGGGUGGUCACACCACUCAGUGGUCAGAACUCAGGGUCAUUGCUCACAUUCUAGCUGUUUGAUCUUUUGCAUUAAAAACUAUAGACUGUCUGAAAACAGGAAACCUUUCAGGCUGCAAACUGGAAAUAACCUCAGCAGCUGAUUACUGCUGUGUCCAGUCACUCAUUUACAAGUCUUUGGCUGGGCACAGUGGCUCACGCCUGUAAUCCCAGCACUUUGGGAGGCUGAGGCUGGUGGAUCACCUGAGGUCAGGAGUUUGAGUUGGCCAACAUGGUGAAACCCUGUCUCUUCUAAAAAUACAAAAAUUAGCCAAGCAUGGUGGCAGGUGCCUGUAAUCCCAGCUACUCGGGAGGCCGAAGCAGGAGAAUCGCUUGAACCCAGGAGGCAGAGGUUGCACUGUGCUGAGAAUGCACCACUGCACUCCCCCCGGGUGACAAGAGUGAAACUCCGUCAAAAAAAAAAAACAAACAAGUUUUUAAUAAGAGCCUGUUCUCUGAAGAGACUGACUAUAACCAGGCUGUGGACUGAAUCUGAAUCCAUGUCUAAUGCUGAGGGCAGCACUGCAGCCAGACUUGUGGUUCUUGGUGAAAGGUGAUCUUUUUGUCUCACAAUGUGGGAGGCCCCCGACCGUUCUCAACAGAAUGACUUCACCAACCUUUUGACUCACUUUGGAAGGUAUUGUUAAUACCUUGUCACUGCUCACACCAUCAGCAUAAAAACUGACUCCAGACACACCAUGUGUCCCUUGAAACUAAUCUCUGUCACCUUUUCAAAUUUCAAAACCAUUUGCACUCUGAAAACGUUGUGUCUUUUAUCAUCAAAUCUACUAAAAAUUGGCUGAUUUUACCAUCUUUUCCUUCUCCUGAUCUGUAUGUUACAAUUUGUUGAUUGAAUGUAAUUCUUUCUAAAAAGGAAUAAUCUCUUUUUGACUGCCUCCAGGAUAAGAAUGAAAUGGUUGAGGGCUGUAGCGAUCUAUUUCCCAAAUUUGAGAUUCCACACUGACUACUUGAAAUGAUACAUCUUACUGGCCAGGCACGGUGGCCCACGCCUGUAAUCCCAGCACUUUGGGAGGCUAAGAUGUACUGGUUCAUGAAGAUGUUGUGCUUAUGGGUUUCUACUCUAGACUCGGUGGCUUUUGAGGAUGUGGCUGUGAACUUUACCCAGGAGGAAUGGGCUUUGCUAGAUUCUUCUCAGAAGAAUCUCUACAGAGAAGUGAUGCAGGAAACCUGCAGGAACCUGGCUUCUGUAGGAAGCAAAUGGAAAGACCAGAAUAUUGAAGAUCACUUCGAAAAACCUGGGAAAAAUAUAAGAAAACAUAUGGUACAGAAACUGUGUGAAAGCAAAGAAGGUAGUCAGUAUGGAGAAGUUGUCAGCCAAAUUCCAAAUCUUGAUCUGAACGAGAACAUUUCUACUGGAUUAAAACAAUGUGAAUGCAGUAUUUGUGGAAAAGUCUUUGUACGUCAUUCCCUCCUCAAUAGGCACAUCCUAGCUCACUCUGGAUACAAACCAUAUGGAGAGAAGCAAUAUAAAUGUGAACAGUGUGGGAAAUUCUUCGUUUCUGUUCCAGGUGUUAGAAGACACAUGAUAAUGCACAGUGGAAAUCCAGCUUAUAAAUGUACGAUAUGUGGGAAAGCUUUUUAUUUUCUCAAUUCAGUUGAAAGACAUCAGAGAACUCACACAGGAGAAAAACCCUAUAAAUGUAAACAAUGUGGUAAAGCGUUCACUGUUUCCGGUUCUUGUCUAAUACAUGAACGAACUCACACUGGAGAGAAACCCUACGAGUGUAAGGAAUGUGGGAAAACAUUCAGAUUUUCUUGUUCUUUUAAGACGCAUGAAAGGACUCACACUGGAGAAAGACCCUAUAAAUGUACCAAAUGUGAUAAAGCCUUCAGCUGUUCCACUUCCCUUCGUUACCAUGGAAGCAUUCAUACUGGAGAGAGACCCUAUGAGUGUAAACAAUGUGGCAAAGCCUUUAGUCGUUUGAGUUCCCUUUGUAACCAUAGAAGUACUCAUACCGGAGAGAAACCCUAUGAAUGUAAACAGUGUGAUCAAGCCUUCAGUCGCCUCAGUUCCCUUCACCUCCACGAAAGAAUUCAUACUGGAGAAAAACCCUAUGAAUGUAAGAAAUGCGGUAAAGCCUACACUCGUUCCAGUCACCUUACUCGCCAUGAAAGAAGUCAUGAUAUAGGGGCUGGGUGUAGUGACUCAGCCUAUAAUCCCAGCACUUUGGGAGGCCAAGGUGUGUGGAUUGCUUGAGCCCAGGAGUUCAUAACCAGCCUGGAUUAAAACAAUGUGAAACAACCUGGGCAACAUGGUGAAACCCUGUCUUUCAAAAAAUAAAAUAACGCCGGGCGUGGUGGCUCACGCCUGUAAUCCCAGCAUUUUGGGAGGCCGAGGUGGGUGGAUCACGAGGUCAGGAGAUCGAGACCAUCCUGGCCAACAUGGUGAAACCCCAUCUCUACUAAAAAUACAAAAAAUUAGCCGGGCGUGGUGGCGGGUGCCUGUAGUCCCAGCUACUCGGGAGGCUGAGGCAGGAGAAUGGCAUGAACCCAGGAGGCAGAGCUUGCAGUAAGCCGAGAUCAUGCCACUGCACUCCAGCCUGGGCGAGAAUGAGACUCUGUCUCAAAAAAAAAAAAUAAAUAAAUAAAUAAAUAAUUAGCUGGGCAUGGUGGCACAUUUCAGUUGUCUUAGUUGUUUUUCAAGGACAUAAAAAGCUGUGGGCAGCAGGCGGGGAAGCCCUGUGCAUGCGGAUCACGAGAUCGGGAGAUUGAGACCAUCCUGGCCAACAUGGUGAAACCUCAUCUCUACUAAAAACACAAAAAUUAGCUGAGUGUGGUGGCAUAUGCUUGUAAUCCCAGCUACUCAGGAGGCUGAGGCAGGAGAAUCGUUUGAACCAGGGAGUUGGAGGUUGCAGUGAGCUGAGAUCACGCCACUGCACUCCAGCCUGGCGACAGAGUGAGACUCCAUCUCAAAAAAGCCCUAUGCAGCUGGGCGUGGUGGCUCACGCCUGUAAUCUCAGCACUUUGGGAGGCUGAGGUGGGUGGAUCACAAGGUCAAGAGAUCGAGACCAUCCUGGCCAACAUGGUGAAACCCCAUCUCUACUAAAAAUACAAAAAUUAGCUGGGCAUGGUGGCGGGCACCUGUAGUCCCAGCUACUCAGGAGGCUGAGGCAGGAGAAUCACUUGAACCCAGGAGGCGGAGGUUGCAGUGAGCCGAGAUUGUGCCACUGCACUCCAGCCUGGCAACAGAGUGAGACUCCGUCUCAAAAAAAAAAAAAAAAAAGCCUUAUGCAUGUAAGAAAUGUGGUAAAGCAUUUACUCUUUCCCAUUCCCUCAUAAACAUGAAAGAGCUCACACUGCAGAAAACCUUAAGAAUGUAGGAAGUAUGGUCAAGCCUUCAGAUUUUCUUGUUUUUGAAGAUUUGGGAGGACUCAGAGUGGAGAAAAGCCUUUUGCAUUUAAAUUUGUGUUAAGGCCUUCAGUUGUUUCAGUUCCAUUUGAAGACAUCAACUCAUUCCUGAGAAAAACCCUAUGAAUGUGCAGAAUGUGGGAAUGUUUCAUUUCUCUCAUAUCUGCUCAAGGACAUAUGAAAAUGCACACUGCAGCUGGACCUUGUAAAUACAAGAAUGUACACAGGAUUAAAACUCUAAUAGUUUAGAAACUGCAAGAAUAUUUUCAGUUUUAACAUUUACUUGAAAAGUCAUGUGAAAACUCCCACUGGAAAGAAGUUCUAUAAGUGAAGCUUUUCUAAUUUGGAAAGCCUGAUGCAAAUUAAUUAUCGUGCACUGUUUGAAAAAAAUAUACAUGUAUGAACUGUUACACAAGUUACAAGUAUAUUGUUUUUAUCAGUGGCUCAUUCUUAAAGAGUCUUGAGUAUGCAUUUCACCUUAUUUUGCAAAGGAAACCUUGAGGUGAGAGUUCUGUAAAUGCUUUUUAAGCGGUAGUACUUGAAUUUCAUAGUAGUGAUAUUUUCUUAAGUUUGUUGGUAGAAUUUUUGUCUAUUCAUGUGAUAAUGUACUGGAUUCAUGGUUGAAUUGUGAUGUUUUUCUAAUAUGUAGGUAAGUUUAAUUUUUUUUAUUAUUUUUUUUUUGUGUGACGGAGUCUCACUCUGUUGCCCAGGCUGGAGUGCAGUGGUGCGAUCUUGGCUCACUGCAACCUCUGCCUCCUGGGUUUAAGCGAUUCUCCUGCCUCAGCCUCCCGAGUAGCUGGGAUUACAGGCACCUGCCACUACGUCCAGAUAAUUUUUUGUAUUUUUAGUAGAGACAGGGUUUCACCAUGUUGGCUAGGCUGGUCUUGAACUCGUGACCUCAUGAUUUGCCCACCUCAGCUUCCCAAAGAGCUGGGAUUACAGGCAUGAGCCACCGUGCCCUUCCGGGUAAGUUUAAUGUGUAUGUAUUGUCCUGUGAUUAAUGGACCAGUGAAUAAUGAUUGUUAAGUGUUGGGAUUUUCUUACUAGCCUCAUUUGGCAAAUUUUGGUUAUCCCUUGUCCAUUAUACACAUUCCACAUUUUUUUAUUAAAGGAAAAACUACUCUUGGUGUAAA